AUGGUUAAAACGCCACAAGCUAAACAAGAUAAGCAGCCUUCAGCAACAGUUGUCAGUAAUAGCGUAUGGAAGUUAAAAGAAAAGCUGGAGGAGCUAGCAAAAGGCGUGGUUCUUGGGAACAAAUCAUCUUCAUCAAGACUAACUGAAAAGGAAAAGGAACGGAUUUCAAUUGACGUGGAAGAUAAGAACACGUAUGUGAUCAGGGGUUCAUCCCUUCGAAGGGAUUGGGUGGGCUUCCAUCCAUUUCUGUACAAGAACUGGAACAUCCAGUUCUGUCAUGUACGUGCUGGAGUUUCUUCUCAACUCUUUGAAAGCCCUGGUGAAUAUAAUUUAGGAUGUGGACCUGGAGGUGGCUCUUGA